AUGGAACCACCUUCAUAUGAGGAGGCCAGACGCCACCCUUCCACUCUGUCCACAGCGGGAUUUAACAGCUCUACCCCCGGAAACCUUGCCUCAUCCCCCUCAACACCUCCUCCCACCUACAGAGAAGCAGUCAACCGAGAUGCUUUUCCUGUCCUGAGUCCACCCAUUGUGCCAGCUGCUGUGGUCCCACCAUCACAACACCCUGAAGUCACAGUUCAUCCACUUACACAAAUUGGUGGAAGAGAAACUGCCAGCAGCAGACGAACUCAGUCAGUAGCCGUUGUGUCCCAACCUCAACCCGUCCCCAUCGUGCUGACAAGUCUGAUAGACGCCCCUGGUUUGGUCCGCUGUCCACACUGCCAGCACCUCGUCACCACCAAAGUCACAUACGUGCCUGGUUGUGCUGCUUGGUGCACGUGUACCAUGCUUGCAUUAAUGGGGUUAAUCUGUGGUUUCUGUCUGAUACCUUUAAUGAUGGAUCGUCUGCAAGACGCACAUCACUACUGCCCAGACUGUGGAAAGAAAGUCUUCAUUUAUAAACGAUGA